AAUGCGCGUGAGGAACUCCGACCAAUCAGUAUAGCGGAAUCGCGGCCCGGACUCACGCGCAGGUUCCAGGCCGCCAGUGCUAGUUCACCGAUGAAGGCUGUCGACUCGUCACACCCUGGAACACAUGUAGGAGAGACUUGUUAACCUUAUUAAAAAACGAAAGCCUUUCUGGAUCUGUUUGAACGUACAGCGUUAAUGUCGGGUCGAGCCAUUUGGUGAGUGAUUCGAAGCCCUGCAGACCCGUUUCGUGAGUUUGCGGGUUGUUUAGGUUAAAGAAGUAAAGGCUUCCGUCUCGCUCGGGGAUGGACUAUCCUAUGCACGACUGCAAGACAUCAGCUGCCCUGCGAAGGAGCCCAGUGGAGUUGUGCGGGGACAGUACUCCGGCCAAGCGUUAGUAAUAGAGGCGUUCGUUACGUUUGUAGUGGAUAGAAAACAAACACUCCUUGAUGAGAACUUUUUUUUCAUCGGGAUGGAUCUGGAUCCUUAGGAUUUCCAAGUUCUUUCUGAUGGAGGGUGAAUUACAACCUCAGUAAAGUGAAACUGAGCAGGCAGGCCUUUGGUCACCCGUGUGGCUGUGGAACAUGUACCCUAGACAGUGCGAAGGACAUGGGCAAAACAUCUCAUUCUUCUACUCUCGGAGUAACAAGUCCAUCAUCCCGCAGUGGAAGCCGAUCGACUUUGUGGUGGUGGGACUCGGGGUCCCAGUCUGCAUCCUGAUCAUUCUCGCCAACAUGUUGGUCAUGGCUGCCAUAGUCGUCAACCGGCGCUUCCACUUCCCCAUCUACUACUUGCUGGGCAACAUGGCCGCGGCUGACCUGUUUGCCGGCAUUUCCUACUUCUACCUCAUCUUCCACACGGGCCCGUGGACUAUCGGGCUGUCGCAGACCCAGUGGCUCGUGCGCGGGGCCCUCAUCGAGAUGAGCCUGAUGGCCUCAGUGGUCAACCUGCUGGCCGUGGCGUGGGAGCGCCACCAGACCAUCUUCACUAUGCAGCUGCACAGCACCAUGUCAAACCGGCGCGUGCUGCUCUUCAUCGUGGCCAUCUGGGUGGUGGCUGUGGUUAUGGGCCUGGUGCCCACCAUGGGCUGGAACUGCGUGUGCGACCUGGCUUUGUGCUCCACGGUAGCGCCGCUGUACUCCCGCAGCUUCCUGGUCUUCUGGGCCAUCCUCAACCUCCUCACCUUCUCCGUGAUGGUGGCCAUCUAUGCACGCAUCUUCGUCUACGUCCGGCGCAACAGCCGGAGCGUCGCCCCGCACGCCGCUCACAAUGGCCACAACGACACAGUCGUUGGCCUGAUGAAAACGGUCUCCAUGAUUCUGGGCACCUUUGUGAUCUGCUGGACUCCCGGUCUGGUCAUUCUUUUGCUGGACGGGCUGGAAUGUAAGCAGUGUGAGGUCCUGAAAUACGAGAAGUACUGCUUGGUACUGGCCGAGUGCAACUCCCUGGUGAACCCCAUAAUCUACUCCUGUCGGGACGAGGAGAUGAGAGACACCUUCCGACGCCUCCUCUGUCUCUUCUGCAGUCGCAAGGAGGAGCAGGAGCAGGAGAACACCGAAACGCAGGGUGAUGCUCUGAAUAAAGUGCGCCUGCUGUCGGAGAACUCCAACCACACGGAUCGCUUAACUCUGUGAGCCCCAGCAGCAUUUACAGGAUUUGUCCGCUUAGCGCAAGUGUCUACAGGACUGGAAGUGCUGAGUAGUCAUAGCGCAAAUGGUAUGACUGUAGUCAUACCGCAAAUGGCACAAGUGUAGUAAAAAUAUUGUUAGGACAAUCACCGUCUCCCCCAAUGUUGUGUUCUCAGCAUUAGUGCGUUUUAUUUUUUUUUAAUUAAUGCAGUCCUGAUUUGUUUUGUUUUUUGAGCUACUGAGCACCUUGAUGCAGUUUGUUGCUGAAAUGGACAGUCUGUAAUUACCAGUAUACGUGAAACCACAGCAGACAUGUUAUAGACUAGGUAUAUAUGGGGAAAUGGGUAGGAGAUGAUGUAACAGCAGUGGGUGAGUGCAGGCAAGCUCCUGCUAUAAUCAGCGGUUGCUUCCGUCUUCAGUAGUGAAAAGCCUGGACAUCACUGCUGCUGGAUUCAAGAAAGCAUAAAUGUAUUCUCCUUCCUUCAAGAGAUUUUGUUUCAUGUUUAGCCAACUGGUUCAAAGAAUUUUUUUUUUGUUUCAUGUUUAGACAACUGGUUAAGUUUAAGGUCGUUUCCUUUUGAUUUAAUUUUAGUGUAGAUAGUUGUGCAUGUUAUGUUGAAAUCAUGGGCACUGUUUCAAGAUGGUACAAAGUUAUUUGAAAAUACUUGUUUCUUGAUAUUUGCUCUUCAAUGAAAAAAAAAAAAAAAGACAUCUGGCAUGGGGAAAGAUCUGAUUAUCUAAACAGAGCCUUUGUUAACACCAUGUUUCAAAUUGGGGUUA